ACGUGACAUUUAACACAACCUAGAUAAGGGGCGGAUUCUUUCUGCCAAUUUAGACACUUCUGGCGCAGGAAAAAUUUCAGCGAGUUGGUACUUUUGAUAUUAGAUGUAUCCAGAUCAAAGGAACUCAAGCUACUGCGACUAGAAACUGAAGCCAAGUUGAAGUCUCGGGGAGGUCUGCUGUGACGGCCGACUGGUGCGGCGGCGCGGCGUCCCCGCACCCCCGACCCAACAGCCAUGAUCGGUGGUCUGUUCAUCUACAACCACAAGGGCGAGGUGCUCAUCUCGCGCGUCUACCGCGACGACAUAGGCCGAAAUGCCGUCGACGCGUUCCGCGUCAACGUCAUCCACGCACGACAACAGGUGCGCUCGCCCGUCACCAAUAUCGCCCGCACCUCCUUCUUCCACAUCAAGCGGGCCAACAUCUGGCUGGCAGCAGUCACCAAACAGAAUGUCAACGCCGCCAUGGUGUUUGAGUUUCUGCUCAAGAUGAUCGAGGUCAUGCAGUCCUACUUCGGCAAGGUGUCCGAGGAGAACAUCAAGAACAACUUCGUGCUCAUCUACGAGCUUCUGGACGAGAUCCUCGACUACGGCUACCCGCAGAACACGGACACGGGUAUCCUGAAGACGUUCAUCACUCAGACGGGCGUCAAGUCGGCCAGCAAGGAGGAGCAGGCCAUGAUCACCUCGCAGGUGACUGGCCAGAUCGGAUGGCGCCGCGAGGGCAUCAAGUACCGACGCAACGAGCUGUUCUUGGACGUGCUGGAGUAUGUCAACCUGCUGAUGUCGCCUCAGGGUCAGGUACUGUCGGCUCACGUGGCCGGAAAGGUGGUCAUGAAGUCAUACCUCUCAGGGAUGCCCGAAUGCAAGUUCGGCAUCAACGAUAAGAUUCUCAUGGAAGCCAAAAAGGGCGCCGGUGACGACGCUACCCGCUCGGGCCGCACCAGUAUCGCCAUCGACGACUGCCAGUUCCACCAGUGCGUCAAGCUGACCAAGUUCGAGACGGAGCACGCCAUCAGCUUCAUCCCGCCAGACGGCGAGUACGAACUGAUGCGCUACCGCACCACCAAGGAUAUCUCGCUGCCCUUCAGGGUCAUACCGCUCGUCUGUGAGGCCGGCAGGACCAAAAUGGAGGUCAAGGUGGUGAUCAAGUCCAACUUCAAGCCGUCGCUGCUGGCACAGAAGAUCGAGGUGCGCAUUCCGACUCCGCUCAACACGUCAGGCGUGCAGCUCAUCUGCAUGAAGGGAAAGGCCAAGUACAAGGCCUCCGAGAACGCCAUCGUAUGGAAGAUCAAACGGAUGGGCGGCAUGAAGGAGUCUCAGAUCUCAGCCGAGGUUGAGCUCCUGCAGACAGACAACAAACGCAAGUGGACCCGGCCGCCCAUCUCCAUGAACUUCGAGGUGCCGUUCGCGCCCUCCGGCUUCAAGGUGCGCUAUCUGAAGGUGUUCGAGUCGAAGCUCAACUACUCGGAUCAUGACGUCAUCAAAUGGGUGCGCUACAUCGGCCGCAGCGGCCUGUACGAAACGCGCUGCUAGCGCAGACAGCUGACGGCGAACACGCGUCACAAGCCUGCCCGGCGAGAGAGCGGGAGGACGGAGAGAGUGAGGAGAGGAGGGAGAGGGAGGAGAGGUGCUGAGGAGAGGAGCGCCCUCUGUGGUGCGCGCGGCGGAAACUGGGAACGGUGAGCGCUUCCAGCGAGCGAACAAUUGUUUUUCUUUCUGUUUAGCGGAGACUUUAUUAUGCCCGGAGGGCACGACAGUUCGAAUAAGUAUGAAAGAAUCGAGUCUUCGACACCAUUACAUUGUUACGCUCCGGUACGGUUCGAAGGCCCGCCCAGCACGCUGCUGGAUUAGCUAUUGACAAGGAAGAGAUAUUAUGCGUUGUCAAUUUGUAUAUCUUUUCGGGCCAACUGCACUUGGUUUCCCUACCUACUUAAUGCGUAUAUAUGACGGCACACGCGGGGUGUCAGACUUUGGUUUGGUGGACACGAAACAGGCUCGCGGGAUAAGCUUGCUUGGGAUAUCGCGAGAGCAUCGGACACAACAUUCCUGGCGCGCGCGCGCUCCGGCUCCGCCCGGACCGGCGCGCCGUCUCUUUAGAUCUGCCGCUGUGCUGUUAGCCGCGUGCCGCGCCGGCCGAGCGACUGCUGCGCCCCGCGCCGUCGGACGAGCGUGGGGGCGACCCACUGCCGCCGCCAUAAUAAGACAGUCCGUCGCGCAUUCCCGUCGCGGUGUGGUGUGUCGUUAGGUGGCCCGGCCGCCCCCGCGCGGGGCGGACCGCUCGCUAGCAUCGUACGUUCGUCGCUGGUUGUUAAUCUGUCUGGUGUGUCGGCUCGUCGCCCCGUAUCUGUAUCUGUAUCAGCUGUCCGCCUGUGGUAUCUAUCCCUGUGUAACUGUGCUCAGUAGCUUCCCCCGCCCCGGCUCUCUAGGCCGACCCGAGAGGUAAUCACGUGUUUAGCCGCCGCGGCGCCUCAAUCAAUACACGGCUUCGUAGUCUGA